ACUAUAUAAGAAGGUUAAGCCCAACUCUUGCUCGCAGUGCAAAGGGAGCUGACCCGGUGUUUCCCGAAUAUGGCGCGCAUCUUUCUUUUCGCCUUAUUGGGGCAAUUGUGCUUCCUCCCCUACCUGGAUGCUAUCACAAGUCCUCCCAAGGUUCAAGUUUAUUCCCGUUACCCAAAAGACAGUGGCAAAAGUAACUACUUGAACUGCUAUGUGUCGGGAUUCCACCCACCCCAGAUCACUAUCGAGCUGUUAAAAGAUGGAAAACCAAUGGAAAAAAUUGAACUGUCCGACCUGUCCUUCAGCAACGACUGGACUUUCAAUCGCCUUGCCACUGCCCCUUUUGAUCCAAACACCAAAAGUGAAUAUAUCUGUAAAGUGACCCAUUCAACCCUCAAAGACCCUAAAGUGGUUAAAUGGGACCCAGAUAACUAACCUGCAUUAUGAUGGGCUUCAAGAAAUCUGUCCCGAAAUGGAAGGCUUUUAAAUAUCCCAGUGUUUUACUGAAAUUACAUUUAAAUGGGACUUAACUUUAAUAAUUAUCUUUUGAAUAGCUAAAUAUAAUGGCAUGGAUAUGGAAAUGCUAACAAGUAUGCCUACUUUUCCUUAAAGUUUAACUUUGUUUACUUUCCAUGUAUGUAUUAUUCAAUAUCUAGGCAUUUAGAUUUCAUAAGGAGUGUACAACUUUGAGAGAGGGGAGAAAUGAAUCCUGGGAUUCUAUAUUUGUUCCCUUUGUCAAUUCUGAAUGCUUCACUUCUUCAUGCAGAAUGAUUAAUUGGCUACAUUAUAUUCUAUAAACAUCCGAAAAUAGAUGAUAAACUCAUUGAUGCUCAGAAUCUCAACCUCUGGACUGCUUCUUCUAUGUUUAGAAUUUUAUAGGAUAAUUUGAAUAUAAUAUCUGUAUCAUUGGGGGUUUUUAAACCAAUAAUUGAUAGUACACCACCUUUACUCCUAGUGUAUCUGCCAUAUCCCAACUCAAUCAAUAAGUGAACAAGCAUUUAGUAAGGACCUGAGGUCUAAAAUGGCCAGAACACUCAGUAUAUGAACAUCCUUCUAGGGGUCCUGAACCCUGCCUUUUUACAAAAACCAGUAAGAAAAAGCAUACCGGCGGGAGUUUUGUAUUAAUUGUUAAUAACACCUAAAAAGGAAACCCCCUUCAAAAUUUGUUUACCUAAAUUUUGCUGUUGAUGAGCAUGUUUUACUGAAUAAAGUAAUGAUAAAA